GCGGCGGGCACCGCCACCUCCGCGCUGUGCCUGCUGCUCUCGCUCACCGCCGUGGCCGUGUGCCUGCUGCUGGGCGCCAAGACUGCCGAGCUGCAGGGCCGGCUGGCCGCGCUGGAGGAGCGGGGUGCCGCCGGCCACGGGCCGCUGCUGGACGCGCUGCAGCCCCGCGUGGAGCAGCUUUUCCGCGAGAAACUCGGUGAAGGACUGGCGAAGCUGCGGACGGCGCGGGAGGCCCCAUCAGACUGCGUGUGCCCCCCAGGGCCCCCGGGGCGGCGAGGGAAGCCCGGCCGGCGCGGAGAACCCGGAGAGCCAGGGCAGUCAGGACGCGAUGGUUACCCGGGGCCUCUUGGCUUGGAUGGCAAACCAGGACCUCCAGGACCAAAAGGCGAGAAGGGGGAAGCAGGAGACAUCGGCCCAAGGGGUGAUCAAGGUCGAGAUGGAGCCACGGGCCCCCCUGGUCCRCCAGGACCGCCAGGUGCCCGGGGGCCUCCUGGUGACACGGGAAAGGAUGGCCCAAGAGGACCUCCAGGCUCCCCUGGUUUUAAAGGCGAGCCAGGAGAGGAUGGAGCCAUGGGUGCCAGAGGACCUCCAGGACCAAAGGGUGAGCCUGGUGUCCAAGGGAAAAAGGGUGACGAUGGGAUCCCUGGGGAACCAGGACUUGUGGGCCCCAAGGGAGAAAAAGGCAGCGUGGGUGCCAAGGGAGAGAACGGCACAGACGGAYCCCCAGGACUGAAGGGUGAACCUGGUGACAAAGGAGGAAUUGGCUCCAUUGGACCCCGGGGUCCCCCUGGGCUGAAAGGGGAGCAAGGGGACACGGUGGUGAUCGACUACGACGGGCGGAUCCUGGAUGCGCUCAAGGGUCCCCCRGGUCCCCAAGGGCCACCAGGCCCCCAAGGCACUCCAGGACCCAAGGGAGAGCAGGGCUKGCCAGGUGCGCCUGGAAUGGACGGCGAAAAGGGUCCCAAAGGAGCAAAGGGUGACCAGGGCAAUGUGGGCAUCACGGGGCCGAAAGGAGAAACAGGAGAAAUGGGCUCAGCAGGUCCCCCGGGAGCAGAWGGGCCAAGAGGAGACAAAGGGGAAAAAGGAGACACUGGGUCACCCUGUCUGCAGAAUAAUCAUAUCAUACCUGAGCCUGGACCCCCCGGAUUACCUGGCCCUAUGGGUCCUCCAGGAAUCCAGGGGCCUAAAGGUCUGGAUGGUGCAAAGGGAGAAAAAGGUGACACUGGAGAGAAGGGGGACCACGGUGACACUGGACCAGCUGGUCUCCCGGGUGCUCCAGGGCUCAUUGGUUUACCCGGCACCAAGGGAGAGAAGGGAAAGCCAGGGGAGCCAGGAUUGGAUGGUUUCCCGGGUCUCAGAGGAGAGAAAGGAGAGAGAAGUGAAAGAGGCGAGAAGGGUGAACGAGGAAUACCAGGGAGAAAAGGGGCCAAAGGACAGAAGGGGGAACCAGGCCCUCCYGGACUGGAUCAGCCUUGUCCCGUGGGACCAGACGGACUGCCAGUAGCAGGAUGUUGGCAUAAGGUACAGUACCAUUAAUAAUUGCAUAUCCUUGCACAGGUCCUGAGUAAUUUUGCUCCCUGCACGGUGAUUGUUUGCACUGCUGCACAGGCUUUAAGCAACAACUCUAGGCCUGGCAGACAUGACAUUAUUAUGGGAGAGCAGGAUUCCAGCAGCUUCAGGUCUUGUUCCUCCCAGCUCCAGACUGGUGCUGAGAACACCAAAAAUUUGCUAAGCAUG